CUUCUGACUGAUCGGGAGAGCAGGGAGCGUCUGGCGACUAGGCUACAUCUCUGAUGAAGGAUCUGCUCGCAUCUGUUUAAAGCUGGACAUACAGGACAGAAAGGAUCAGAUUGUAUAUUUUUUUGGGGAUAACGCUUUCCUCCGUGGAUUUUGGCUCAGUGUUGUCUGUCUUUAUUUUCCCUCUGUGGAUGUUAUAGUGCAUUAUCUCGGUCUGAAUGACGCUUUCUUUUUGGAUUUCCACCGCGCCGAAGCUGUUUCUGGGUGACUGCCCAUUCUUUACUUGUGAAGUCGCGCGUUAUAAUUAUAUCGCCGUUAUCUUACGAGCUCUAUUCGCAAUUUGAGGUGUAACUUGUAUUUAAUUUUGUAGUCAAACAAUGCGGCAGUUUCCUUGAAUGCGCAUUAGUGGGCCAAUUCAUGCAGACAAAUCGUGUGCGUUAAUUAAAGCGUAAAAAGAGGAAAGUUGGGCGCGCAAAGUUUUGGAGACGGUCGAUAUGGCUAUGGUGGCGUGGAGAAACACCGAGGGGGUCGGGGACACUCAGGGGACCCUCUCCUCCCCGGUGUCCCAGGUCGCACCUCUGUCUCUGCCCGGGGAGCUGACGGGACACAUGAACCCGGCGUCCUCUCUGGAAAUACCCCCGGCAGCAGCAGCACUCCAGGGCGCACCGCCGCCUAAUCCGUCCAGCACCACCACCGCGACCACCACCACCAACAAUAACAACACGUCCUCUUCCUCCUCCUCCUCCUCGUCCAUGGACAAACACCAGAGCCAGCAGAUCGAGUGCAUCGUGUGCGGGGAUAAAUCCAGCGGGAAGCACUACGGACAGUUCACAUGUGAGGGAUGUAAGAGCUUCUUUAAACGCAGCGUCAGGAGGAACCUGUCCUACACCUGCAGGGCCAACAGGAACUGUCCCGUAGACCAGCACCACCGCAACCAGUGCCAGUACUGUCGCCUCAAGAAAUGCCUCAAAGUCGGCAUGAGGAGGGAAGGUACGGGCUGGCGUCCUCCUCUUGUUGCUAUCGCUGUCCAGAGAGGCAGACUCCCUACGCAGUCUUAUCACGGCCAGUUUGCGCUGACAAACGGAGACCCUCUACAGUGUCAUUCCUAUCUCUCGGGAUACAUCUCCCUCCUGCUGCGGGCCGAGCCCUACCCGACCUCCAGGUUCGGCUCUCAGUGCCUGCAGAGCAACAACCUCAUGGGUAUAGAGAACAUCUGUGAGCUAGCGGCGCGGAUGCUCUUCAGCGCCGUGGAGUGGGCCCGCAACAUCCCUUUCUUCCCGGACCUGCAGGUAACGGACCAGGUGGCCCUGCUCCGCCUCACCUGGAGCGAACUGUUCGUCUUGAACGCCGCCCAGUGCUCCAUGCCCGUCCACGUCGCCCCGCUGCUCGCCGCCGCCGGCCUCCACGCCUCCCCGAUGUCCGCGGACCGGGUGGUGGCCUUCAUGGACCACAUCCGGGUCUUCCAGGAGCAGGUGGAGAAGCUCAAGGUGCUGCACGUGGAUUCAGCAGAGUACAGCUGCAUCAAAGCCAUCGUGCUGUUCACCACAGAUGCUUGUGGUCUGUCGGACGUGGCCCAUGUGGAGGGUCUGCAGGAGAAAUCCCAGUGUGCUUUAGAGGAGUAUGUGAGGAGCCAGUAUCCCAACCAGCCUAACAGGUUUGGGAAGCUGCUACUCCGCUUGCCUUCCCUCCGCACCGUCUCUUCUUCUGUCAUAGAGCAGCUUUUCUUCGUCCGUCUGGUGGGAAAAACCCCCAUAGAAACUCUGAUAAGGGACAUGCUGCUGUCCGGAAGCAGCUUCAACUGGCCUUACAUGCCUGUUCAAUAGAGGAAAAAGCUACAGUGGUGCUACUACGGUCAGGAAAGAUGCCACACCUCAAAUUAAGUCAUUUCAGUGCGGCAAAAAAUCUCUGUUGCUUCGAACAAGGAAAAACACUGCCAGUGGAAUGAAACAAUUACAGGCAUGUCCAAUGUUAAAAAUGAUCUCAAUUUGGAAUUUUUCUUAUACCAACAACAUAAUCUUGAUACCAGAGGAGUGAUCUGCCUUAUUCAGCAUUGUGUCCCUAUGAGUCUAGAAAGGUCCCUGAAAUAAAUUAACCAUUUUGCCGACGCUAAACGAUUUGACCCCACUGGCAGAAUUUUUUACCUGUUCAAAGAGUAACAAAUGUUUCAUGAGAUGAAAUGACUGGUUAUGAUAGACGUUUUUUGCAGUGUGGCUACCACUCACAGUCUAUGAUUUUUGGGAUAACAAACAAUAUUUAUUGGACCCUGUGUGUAUAUUUAUGGUGCUUGUAAAUUAUGUUUUGGUUCCUUUUUUAAAUGUUUUACGUAUUUUUGCCCCGGCCAGUGAGAAAACUGCAGGGAUUGUCUUGUGUCGAUCUGUUUUUUUGUUUUCGUUUCAUACCUUCCAGACAUGGCACUUUGGACUAAAGGAACAUUUCAGAAAGAUUUAACACAGGUGUUUGAAACCCAACAUCAUCAUAACUUUGUGUACAGACAGAAUGGUGAGAUUAAUGCUCUGUUUUAGUUACUUUGGACUCUUAUUCUAUUUGCAUUAUCGACAUACAAAGAAUGAGAAGAAAAAGAGCAAAAAAUGUUUGGAAAAUGCACUUCUCACAAUCAGUGUUAGGUUGCGCCAAGUAAUGCAUUACUCCUUUCAUAGGUAAUAUCAUUACUUUCUUACAUUAAUAUUUCCUUAAAUAUUUUAGUUAAUACUUCCUGGCAGAUGUAAUUAUUUCCUCUUGCCAUAAUGCUUCAUUUCUACUCUUUUUGCCUUCUAAAAACAAUAUUUAAAAACGUUUUUUUUUCUCUUUUGAAUGAUCAUAAACUCGAGAACAUCAUGUUUAUUUCUCAUCAAAUUACUGAAUUUUGCCACUCAGAGAAAUUCAUCUUUUCUCAUCUAAACUGAGACAUGAUGACAAGGCUAAUUAUGGCAAAAAUAGAUAAGAUAGGAGGCUGAAUGUUAGAUAGCUGUAUACGUUACUCUGAUAUUUUUAUAUUUCAAGUCAAAAUUGUAUUCUUUUGACUGAUAACUUGUUACGGGGAAAAGUAAUGACAUUACUGGAUUAAUGAUGAAUGCAUUACCAAACACUUCUGAUUCAUGCGUGUUUCCAGGUCUUUUACACUGACUGUCUCAGAGAGAUUUUAAGAGCACUGGGUCCGAUGUAUAUGUAACUACAGUUUCUUAAUGGGAUAAAUACACAACUUCCCAGGUCAAGUAACAAAUGUAUUUCAUUAUAAUUCAUGCAUUUAUGAGCCCAGGCCGCUUAAUGGCACAAUAGACCACUGCAGGGUAUUGCUGAACUGAAAGCGUGUGUGUAUGCAUCUGUGCUUGUGUGUGUGUGUGUGUAUGAGAGAGAGAGAGGUGUAUUUGUGUUUACUUCUUUUUGACAACCACUCUGAUGUACUGUGAAAGCAUAUUGGUAAACAUAUUGGUACCAUAUUAAAUUAUAACUCAAGAUUUAUAAAUAAAGUGUAUUUGGUUUAUUUUACCAUUUCAA